AUGUUUUCAAUAAAACAAACUCUUGGCUUUCUUUUAUGUCUGCGACCGAUUGGACCUAAAAGAGGUUAUAUACACAAGUCAUUGUCUUUUCGACGAUACAACUCGUCCAAUAAUAACCAGACGAAUAACACAUCGAGAUGCUGGUCUCUAAAAUCACUCCGCGAGGACUUUAUUGAGGAUCGGCCUCAACCCAUAUCCUGUAUUGCAAGUUCCCCAGAUGUCCUGAUUGAAGCGACUGAAGGAACCACGAAAUAUCCCAGACUAUGCUCAGACAACAUCGGAAAGGCACUUCAUGUCAGCUUCUUAAGCUCAACGGACUCAAGGGUGGAAGCGCUAGGUUUGCAGAAUAAAGAUAUGCGCUAUGAUUUAACGCUUGACGUUAUAGUACAGACACUUUCGGUGCUCGAGCAAUGUCAGAGAUAUUAUGAAAUUCACAAUUCAUAUCUAGCUUACAGGCAUGAUCUGUCUAGCCUAAGAAAAGGUUGUUCUCCGGAAGAUUAUGCACAGUUCGUCAAAAUUGUUCUCAAGGCCGAAUUUUCUUUGCGCAAUUUCGUCCUAUCCGAAGCACUUUUCUCAGAAUACAUCAAGUUCCCUAAUAUAGAAGCUGGGAUAAUUGAUAUAGGGCUCGUCACCCUCGUGAAGAACAGAAAUUUCGCAUUAGUGAAGGAAUUUUAUGUCCAAGUUUUAAAGAACCCGGAAACGUUUCCAAUUUCGCCUCUUACGUUACAUGCAUUUGCAUUUGAAGUUUUCAAAACAUCUGAUCUUAUCUUCAUGAAGCAGAUCAUGCAUUCCUGGCUCGAUGCAACCUCAGAUAUGAUUCAACCACCACUUAAUGAAACCUUUUCUCUUCUCCACAGGCUGCUACUCAAGUUCGAGGACAGUGAAGGACUUUCCUCGUUUUUCUCACACUCAAAAGUUCAAAUGGCCAGUUACGAGGGCAGCGAAGAAUACGACCUUUGCAUCUUCCGCCACGAUAUGGCCACUUACAAAUUCACGAGCGUGAAUGAAAUUGCUGACAGGAUGAACCAUCUUUUCCUGAAAAUCAAAGAAGCAAGGAGAAUCGACUUUUACACCGAAGUUCUGAACUUUGGUGUUUCAACGAACGAUUUCUCCCUUGUUAAAUUUGCCAUUACAAGAGCGCAACAAGACGACACAGUCGAGCUUACCAAUGAUUUUCACAAACACGUCUGCCACUAUUUCGUCAAGCAAGGGUCUUUAACAACUCUCGUGCAUUAUCUAAGGGAUGUCGUCCGAGUAGCCCCUAACUGUCACCUCGGCCAUGUCUACGUCGAACAGCUCUGGUGCUGUGCUCUAGAAAACUACCCAAUAUUAUCCAGAGAAAUUACUAACGAUAUUAGGUUAAUUCUCAACAGAGAAGACUAUCUCCGUGAGUACAACUGGUUAAGCUACAUCAUUUCGAAAAAAUUUAACAAGAGGUCAGGUAAAGUAAGUGGAAGUAGAAGUACAGCCGAAAAGUACCUGACAUUGAGCUCCCAUUUCAGUUCAGAUUCUACUAGAGCUAUCCACGAAUGUAUUACGAAAGGUGAUAUGAUAACGAGUCGAGCGAUAAUGUUGAAUGAACUGCAGCAUGGAAUAAGACCAAGUUUCGCAGUGUUGUACUCUCUGCUGAAAUUAUUCAUUAGAGAUUGUGUUGACUCUGCUCGGUUAGUUGACCAAAUAAUGCGCGAAACUUACCGCAACAUUCCAUUGAAGACUGAUAUUUUAUGGCUCAAACAUAAUACUUUAGAAGUUGCAAGGUCAAUCAAUAGAAACAGCUUAAGUGUGGCAGCAAAGAUAGAGGCAGCGCAGGUAGCUGCCACAAAGAUUAAAGAUUUCGAGAAAGAAAGACGAGCACAUCUCAAUUUCCAGAACUACAUGCAGCUUUCAAGCAUAUUCCUCAUAUUACAAAAUGCGAAACUGGCGGCACAACUGCUCGAGCGAGGUAGAAAACGUAUGGACAGCUCUAACAGAAGAGAUUGGUACAUAUACUACUCGAACGCCUUAAAAAUAUACACCCGUGCCCGAGAUCCAGUGAAAUUCUUGUCACUUUUGAAGGAAUGGAACAGCAAUACUGAUGCAUGGCUAGUAACCAAUGACACCCUGCGCUCCUGCAAAGGGUUUGUGAAGUACUUCGAAAAACACCCCCCUCGUACCGAUCAGAUCAUACCUGAACGGGACAUUAUCUCGGAGAUUAAUAUGGAGAUCGACACACUUCUGGCAAGAUACGUCAAUUUCAAAUUUCAAGGCUUGAAUGAUAUGCGCAUGGUAACCGAAUUUUUACAGAACUGGAUUGACCAAGACCUACGAAGCAAGCUUCACAUCUCCGAGCAAGCCACGUUACAAGAAACCCUAAAAAAACGACACGCGCAUUUUCCAUCAAUGGACCAAUAG